AUGAGUGUUUCGGAGAUAUUACCCUUGGAGAUAAUUGAUAAGACCAUAAACCAGCCCAUUUGGAUCCUGCUGACGUCGAACCGGGAGUUCACCGGUACGCUUGUUGGAUUUGAUGAUUUUGUUAACGUUGUUAUAGAGGAUGUGAUAGAGUAUGAAGGCGUGGAUAAGGAGGUUAAGAGACACCAUGGUAAGAUGUUGCUCAGUGGUAACAAUAUUACGAUGCUUGUUCCUGGAGGGAAGCCUCAGUAG